AGUAUCUGCAAUUGAGAGGAUGACAGGGCCUAUGGAAGUUGUGGAGAUACAACUGAUACUUUCUUGCAGAUAACAACUCUAGUGAUGAGAACAUAGACUAUAAUACGGUUGGUGGAGAUAGACCAAGGAAUAUGAGUGACUUGUUGCAGGUUAAGAAUGAUGGUGGCUUUUACCAAAAGGAUUGGUGGAAUGAUCUUCUCCAAAAAAAUAAUUAUAAGGAACCUGAUUAUAGUGGCAAAAUGGUUUUGCUGCUUGACAUUCUGACAAUGAGUUCUGAUGUUGGUGAUAAAGCAUUGGUUUUUAGCCAGAGUAUUCCGACAUUGGACCUGAUAGAGUUUUAUCUUUCAAAGCUACCUCAACGUAGUAAGCCAGGGAAAUUCUGGAAAAAAGGAAAAGACUGGUAUAGGUUAGAUGGAAGAACAGAGAGCUCUGAAAGACAAAAUUUGGUUGAGAGGUUCAAUGAUCCCAUAAACAAAAGGGUGAAAUGCACUCUGAUCUCCACGAGAGCAGGAUCUCUGGGGAUUAAUCUUCAUGCUGCGAACCGUGUAAUUAUUGUGGAUGGUUCUUGGAAUCCAACAUUUGAUCUUCAAGCUAUAUAUCGAGCUUGGAGAUAUGGCCAAACAAAACCAGUGUUUGCUUAUCGAUUGAUGGCACAUGGAACUAUGGAAGAGAAAAUUUAUAAGCGUCAGGUAACAAAGGAAGGCCUUGCUGCAAGGGUGGUAGAUAGACAGCAAGUACAUAGGACAAUAUCUAAAGAAGAGAUGUUACAUCUAUUUGAAUUUGGCGAGGAAGAGAAUCCUGAUGCUUUUACUGAGAUCAGGGAAGGCGAUGGACAUGGAUGUGGCCAGAAGAUCAAUUGUCAAGUUGGAGAUUCACUGAUGCAGAAGGCUUCUCUUUCUAAUGGAAGCUGCUCAUCAGACAAAUUGAUGGAAGAUUUACUAGGAAAGCAUUGUCCAAGGUGGAUUGCCAAUUAUCAUGAACAUGAGACCCUUUUACAGGAGAAUGAAGAGGAAAAGCUGUCAAAGGAGGAGCAAGAUAUGGCUUGGGAAGUCUACCGAAAAGCAAUGGAAUGGGAGGAAGUGCGGCGAGUUCCCGUUGAUGAAUCUGCUUUGGGGGGAAAUCCUGUCACUUCAAAUGUGAACCCCCCUGUGCCAGAAACCAGUAACUUGACUCAACCCAGGGACCUGUUUAGGAAUCGUGGUGCACAGCGAAAGUGCACUAAUCUUUCUCACUUGCUGACACUUAGAAGUCAAGGCACAAAAGUUGGCUGCUUUACCAUUUGUGGAGAAUGUGCCCGAGAGAUUAGGUGGGAGGAUUUGAAUAGGGAUGGACGAUUGACAAGGUGAUGAAGACUGAAGUUCAUGUUGUUUGUUUAUAUGUUACAUGAUGUAAUUAUUUGCAUUUUAGACACCAGAAUUGUAAGUUAAUCUCCUUCUCAACAUGGUACAUUCAUUCCGUGCUUUAAAUUUCCAGCAUAUAGAUAGGCUUGUAUUCUUUAUUUGUCUUGGAAGAGUUUCGAGGAUGCAGCUAAGCGCAUUCUCACUGUAGAUGUAGCAUACCAACAGGGGGUUGGGGCGGGCGUGAGGAAAGUGCUGCGGGACAUUCGGGCAAUAGAGAGGGUUUCAGAGCCCAUCUUGUAAAAUUGUGCUUUAUAGAACUUCCUUACAAAAUUUAUAUCAGAUCUUAAUGUCUAAUUUCUACCA